AUGGCAGACACUGACUAUAAUUUACCUACAAUGAGACCCCAAACCAUCGAUGAACGCCAACACCCAGAAAAAUAUGAUGUUGCUAUCGUGGGAGCCGGACCGGCUGGUUUGACAUUGGCCGUCGUACUAGGCAGACUUGGUAUCUGCACCGCAGUGUUUGACGAGCGACCCAGCCGAACGCUUGUCGGGAGGGCCGAUGGGAUUCAACCCAAAACCAUAGAGACACUACAGAUGCUAGGUCUAGCCGACAAACUUCUUCGCGAUGGGGUAAAAGUUUACGAUAUAUGCAUGUGGAGGGGCUCGGCCACGUCUUCAACUCGUCGCAUUAGUCGUCAAGUUCAUUAUCCGGCAUCUAUCGUCGAUUUGUUGCAUCCAUACAUCCUUCUCUGCCACCAGGGAACAAUUGAAUCGGUCCUGAUACGGGAUCUUUGUGCCAGUGGAUUACGCAUCAAUCGCGAUCACCGCUUCACAAAUUUCGAUCACGGGGCUGGAGAGAACAGCAGUGCUUUAGUUGUUUCUCUGAAAACGACGCCUGAAGAUGAUGUGAAGCAUGUCUCAGCAGACUACCUUGUAGGCUGCGACGGGGCUCGAUCGCUCGUACGACAGCAUAUUCCAGGCACCCACGCUAUAGCAAAGCCUCAGGAAUCAUACUGGGGAGUCUUGGACGGUGUGCUAGAUACGGAUUUCCCCGAUAUAUGGAGUAAGACUGUCGUCUUCUCCGAGGAACACGGUUCCGUGCUCAUUAUUCCACGAGAGAGAAACUUGACACGUAUCUAUAUUGAGAUGAAAUCAUCACAUUCUGUGAAAAACGUUGAUCAAACCUUCGUUAUGAAACAGGCGCAGCUCGUCCUAGCACCCUAUCGAGUCCAAUGGCGUUCAGUGGAAUGGUUUGGCAAUUACCAAGUUGCGCAGCGCGUAGCCGCACGAUUUUCAGAUCCAAGUCUCUGUGCUUUCAUUGCUGGAGAUGCGAGCCACACCCACAGUCCGAAGGCCGCCCAGGGCAUGAACACAAGCAUGCACGACUCGUGGAACCUAGGCUGGAAACUGAACUUGUCAGUUCGCGGCUUCGCUAAGCCUGCGUUGCUUGAGAGUUACGAGGUGGAACGUAUGAAAGUUGCUCACGAUCUCAUCAACUUUGAUUUCGAACACGCAAAUGAGAUCGCUGGGGGUAAUAUCGAGCGUUUGGCGGACAAUUUCCGCGCCAACACGCGCUUCAUUGCUGGAGCGGGAGUUGAAUACGCCGAGAGCAUCAUCAAUCACGGGUAUAACCAGACCGGCGGGUUUGCGAAACCAGGCUGUACUCUACCACCAUCAAAGGCGACUCGGUACAUAGACGCGAACCCGGUCGAUGUACAAUUAGACGUUCCCAUGCUAGGUCAGUUUCGAGUGUAUGUCGUCGUCCCAGAUCUACUCGGAUCUGAUCAGAAGAAGUUUCUGUGCGACUUGAGCGAUACUGUCGAAUCGGAAUUAUCCUUCUUAACUAGGCUCUCGCGUGCUGCCUCGGAAUCUUAUCGCCGAAAGCCCAGACCUCUCCGGCCAAUCGAUGUUUUCUCAUGCCUAGAAAGAUACCGGGUUUUCAGCGAGCUUUUCACAUUCUGUUUACUCACGUCAACGCCCAAGGAAGACUUUGAGCUGGCAUCGCUGCCUUCCUUGUUCUUUACGAGUCCAUGGACAGUCUAUCUAGAUGAUGUACCACAUUUGGAUACGAAAGGCCUACGUUGCAUACCGAAAUGGCUAGGAGGACUCGAGCAUGGCGAGGUCGCUAUUGUCAAUGUUCGCCCAGACGGCUAUGUAGGCUCAAUCAAGAAAUGGGACGUUUCCAGGCAAGAUGUUGGUGAAGCGGCAGCGCACUGGUUAGAUGAAUAUUAUGACAGCUUUUUAGAUGUACCAGAUGGGGGACGUAGUGAAGCGACGAGCGAAGUUGAACCCCUAGAUGAUAAGAAAUGUCGGGAGCUCUAG